AAAUGUCUUCCUCAAGUCAGUCACUGGCAAGAGAAUGGGAUUUCCCACUGGACUGGUUCAGACACAGAUAUCAAACUAAAUUGGGGUCAUCUUCUAUGAGGAAUGGAGACCUGAACAAAAUACCUUCUGUUAGCAAGAUGGGAGUGGUAUAUGCUGCACUUUAAGAUCUUAUUCAGCUCCCCUGCAGAGAAGAUUGCACAUCUAUAAACUUGCUAAGCUUCUUCGGUCUUGAUGAUUCAUGUCGAUAUCAUUUUCCUCCCAACUACAGAGACUCUGAGACAAAGCUACACCCCAAGUGAUAUGCCGGUGUCAGAACAAUUCCUGUCCUGAAGGGGGGUGUGCGACCUUCUUUAUUAUUCCCCCUUCACAGACGUCCUUGAGCCCUUGAGACGGAUGUGAGUGAGUUUUUCAGCCCUCAUGCAAAACAACCAUCUAAACAUAACAGAUGACAUCAGCUUGGGCUUUUCAAUUCCUGGAUGGCAGCAGUGUGUUAAUCCAGCCUUCAUCCUGGAUUUCAUAAACUAAAACAAGAGAGGCUGGCAGGAGGACAGCGCUGCUGCUGGGUUGAGGAAAUUGAUGACGGGGAAGCAUGCGGGCAACCCAGUGUAUAAAACUCAUAAACGUGUAGGCAGAGGCUCAGCUACCACUUUGGACUCUGCUUGCUACCAGCAAAGACCACAACUCGGAGCCGAGCCUGAGCCCACAGAGAAACAUGAGGAGCCUCUUGCUGCUGACCACACUCCUUGUACCUGUGCACCUGGCUGUGGCUUGGAGUGUCAAGUACGCCGUGGAUUGCCCAGAACAUUGUGACAGUAGUGAGUGCAGAAGCAAUUUGCACUGCAAGAAGAUGGUGCUGGACGACUGUGGCUGCUGCCAGGUGUGCGCUGCAGGGCUGGGAGAAACCUGCUACCGCACGGUCUCAGGCAUGGAUGGCGUGAAGUGUGGCCCGGGGCUGAGGUGUCAGUUUUACAGUGAGGAGGAUGAUUUUGGUGAAGAGUUUGGUAUCUGCAAAGACUGCCCCUACGGCACCUUCGGGAUGGAAUGCAAAGAAACCUGCAACUGCCAGUCGGGCAUAUGUGACAGGGUGACCGGCAAAUGUCUGAAAUUUUCUUUCUUCCCAUAUUCAUCAACCAAGUCUUCCCGGAGAUUUGUUUCAAGCACAGAGCUUGACUUGGCAUCUGGAGAUGGCAAUGCUGUCAGAGAAGAAACUGUGAAAGAGAAUGCUGCUCAGUCCCCUGUAAUGAAAUGGUUGAAUCCACGCUGAUCCUGGGUGGGAUUUUCAAGAAAAGCUUCUAUUUUAAUGAUUGUUCAACACUCAGCCAACAUUUAAAAAUUUGUCUUGAUUAUAGCGUAUGGAUAAAUAAUUUUUGGAGGUCAAGUAUGAUUCAGGGUAGAUUCAGAAAAAAGAAAGUAGGCUACUUACAAUCCAUAAAAUGCAUAUGAUUGAACACAUUUAGAUAUUUGUUAAAUAUUUGAAUGCAUAUAGAUUUGUUAAAUUUGUGUGUAUAGUAUCAAUGAAGAACUAAAAAAUGCAAUUUAGAUAAUCUUAUAUGGAGCCAGGUCAAAGAGAAAGCUAGUCAAAGGUGAAGACCACAGUGACCCCAUGGGGGUUGUUUGACUUGGAUGUACAUUAAUGUUAGGAUACGUAAAGGAGGAACAGGCAGAAGCAAGAGAAGGUAGGGAUGGGAGUGAGAGUGGGGAUUAUAAUAUUUAGCUUUUCCUUGUGGUAGCUUCAGUAGAACCUAAUUUAAUUGGGAGGAUGGGUGGGGGGUGAAAUUAAAAAAUAAAGAAACAAACUAGAAAACCCCUGAUGUGUGAUGUUUAAAACUUGUGGGUAUUUGACCUUGAAUUGGGGUUGUUGCCAAUGCAGCACUCAGGUGGGUUGAAGGAUGGUUCUGGGGCAGAGGAUCAACAAUACAUUUCCAUCAGUGUUUAAAGAAUGCCUCAUCUGAGAUAGUACUAGGAAGUGUUUUGCCUGCUGGGGGGUGGGGAGGGAUGAAGGUAAAUAUUUAUAUAUUUUUAUAAACAAAUAUGUUUAAUACAAGUCAUCCUCCAUGCUCAUAUUCAUCACCCUCUGGGGGCAAUGAACAUGAAACCACUUGUUUAAAAUAGUUGCAAUAAAGGUGUAACUCUAUAAGGCUUUCAAACAUCCGAGGCUGGAAAAUAUAGCUAUUGCAAAGUAACAGUAAUUAGUACAAGAGAAAAGAAAAAUUUAGUCACUCUGGAUUUAUAAAAUAUCAAAAAGCGAACAACAGAGGGAAUUUACUAAAAAGAAAGUGUGAUGACUUAUAUGUAUUUAAAAUCUAAAGUAGACAAUAACUGAUUAGGAGGUUUGGAACUGAAAAGUCAGUUUCAGCAGGAAACAUCAACUUAAAAAUAUAGUGUAUUUUCAUAUUUGUUUUCAAACUUGAUUGACAAGUGGAAAUAGGAGUACAGUUGGGAGGAUCUUAGCACAAACAGGACUGUUGUACUAGAUGUUGUUAGGAAAUAUUUGCAGAAGUGUUUUAUUUGGAGUAAAGAACUUAUUUAAAAUUUAUUUCCCUAUUUACUAUAUUUUGUUCUCAAAGUUUGCCAUCAGAGUUGUGAAUGUGUGUGUGGGAGGGUCUUUGAAUGUAAGCAGUAUAAGCUGUUAGGUUUUGUUUUAAAAGGACGAGUUUCUUAUUGUUCAAUAAAAUGAAAAGACACA